AUGCCAGACGCCGCGGCUCACCUGCCCUUCUACUACGGCAGCAUCGGCAGGUCGGAGGCAGAGGAGCACCUGAAGCUGGGGGGGAUGUCGGAUGGGCUGUUCCUGCUGCGGCAGUGCCUGCGCAGCCUGGGGGGCUACGUCCUCUCCAUGGUCUGCGACCUGCAGUUCUACCACUACGCCAUCGAGCGGCAGCUGAACGGCACCUACGCCAUCGCCGGGGGCAAAGCGCACUGCGGCCCCGAGGAGCUCUGCGAGUUCUACUCCAAGGAUGCCGAUGGACUCUGCUGCAGCCUCCGCAAGCCCUGCAACCGCCCCGCGGGAGUGGAGCCCCGGCCUGGCGUCUUCGACAGCAUCAGGGACAGCAUGGUGCGAGAGUACGUCCGGCAGACCUGGAAGCUGGAGGGGGAUGCCCUGGAACAGGCCAUCAUAAGCCAAGCUCCACAGGUGGAGAAGCUCAUCGCCACCACAGCCCACGAGAGGAUGCCCUGGUACCACGGCAGCAUCGCCCGGGACGAGGCGGAGAGGAGACUCUACUCAGGGGCACAGCCUGAUGGCAAAUUCCUGCUGAGAGAAAGGAAGGAGAGCAGUGCCUAUGCCCUGUCCCUGGUCUAUGGCAAGACCGUCUACCACUACCGCAUCGACCAGGACAAGUCCGGCAAGUACUCCAUCCCUGAGGGCACCAAGUUCGACACCCUCUGGCAGUUGGUGGAGUACCUAAAGCUCAAAUCAGAUGGGCUGAUUUUCUCCCUGAGGGAAGCCUGCCCCAACCCCAACAUGCCAGCAUCUGCAGCACCAGUCCCACCGACCCACCCCUCCAUCAGUAGAACCCUUGGCCCUCUCAAUGCAGAUGGAUACACACCAGACCCUGUGGGUGCAGGGAGCUCACAGCUGCUCCCCAUGGACACCAGCGUCUAUGAGAGCCCCUACAGUGACCCUGAGGAACUGAAGGACAAGAAACUGUUCCUGAAGAGGGACCACCUGCUGAUGGAUGAAGUGGAACUGGGAGCAGGAAACUUUGGCUCUGUCAAGAAAGGAGUCUACAAAAUGAGGAAGAAGCAGAUUGAUGUGGCCAUAAAGGUGCUGAAGAACAACAAUGAGAAGACAGUGAAGGAUGAGAUGAUGAAGGAAGCUCAGAUCAUGCACCAGCUGGACAACCCCUACAUCGUUCGCAUGAUUGGGGUCUGCGAGGCAGAGUCCCUGAUGCUCGUCAUGGAGAUGGCUUCUGGAGGGCCCCUCAACAAGUUCUUGGCUUCCAAGAAGGAUGAGAUUGCAGUCAGCAACAUCGUGGAGCUGAUGCACCAAGUGUCCAUGGGCAUGAAGUACCUGGAGGAAAAAAACUUUGUCCACAGGGACCUGGCAGCCAGAAAUGUGCUGCUGGUCAACCAGCACUAUGCUAAGAUCAGUGACUUUGGCCUCUCCAAGGCUCUGGGUGCUGAUGACAGCUACUACAAGGCCAGGACAGCAGGCAAGUGGCCCCUGAAGUGGUAUGCCCCAGAAUGCAUCCUCUACCACAAGUUCUCCAGCAAGAGUGAUGUGUGGAGCUAUGGUGUGACCAUGUGGGAGGCCUUCAGCUAUGGGCAGAAACCAUACAAGAAAAUGAAAGGCCCAGAGGUCACCAGCUUCAUCGAGCAGGGGAAGCGCAUGGAGUGCCCCACAGGCUGCCCAGCAGAGAUGUACAGCCUGAUGCAGCAGUGCUGGACCUACAGGUGGGAGGAGCGCCCAGGGUUUGUGGCUGUGGAGACCCUCAUCCGCUCCUACUACUACAGCAUUGCCUCCAAGACAGAGAAUGGGGCAGAGCCAGAGGACAAGCCCAAAGCAGCUCUGCCCUGA